AUGCAAAAAGAUGAGUUACCUAUUGAAGAAAAACUUAAAAUUUCAACCAAUUUCUUACUUGACAGCCCUCCUGGGGAGGUUAGCUUUGUAUACGAUGAUAUUAGAGUUUUAAUGGCAGAUGAUGAAAAUUUUACAAAAGGAAUUAUGAAUGCAUUAGAACAAUAUAACACAGAACAGUAUAUCACAGUUACUCUUCCAGAUCAAGAAAUGCCGAAUGAUAAAUUUUUUGAUCCAAAAUCAAAGAAGAUUUUUAAAUUGGAUCAUUUAAAUCAAACAGUAACCGAGGUUGAAUCUCAUGAAUUUGAUGAGGCCGCUGAGCCAUUAAGGUUGGAGAUAGAAACUGCUGCUACUAACUACGUGAAGGAUCAUUAUCCUAAUGGCGUAUUAACUGUUUAUUCUAAAGAUAAUACAGUGAUAUAUAUGUUACUUAUAUAUUUUUUUCUUAAACAUAGGAAUGGAAGAUGGCAAUCUACAUGGAUUAUUUCACCUGAAUCUAAUGAAUUAAAGGGCACUGUCAAAGUUAAUGUUCAUUACUAUGAAGAUGGUAAUGUUCAAUUAAAUGCCACAAAAGAUUUUGAAUUGUCUACUUCAACAAAUUCAGAUGAUUUAAAUGCAAAGGCUGAAGCGUAUAUUAAGUUGAUUUGUAAAGCUGAGAAUGAAUAUCAGGCAUCCUUAAAUGAAUCUUAUGUUGAGUUGUCAGAAAAUACAUUCAAAGGAUUGAGACGUGCAUUACCUUUGACUCGUCAUAAGCUUGACUGGGAUAAGAUUUUAAAUUAUAAAAUUGGUCAAGAACUUCAAGAACAUGCAAAUAAAUCUUAUGGUCAAGAGCCUCAAAAGGAUGAGAAUCAAUCAUAA